AUGAAUCCUUCGAGAAUAAGAUUUGCUUUACAUAAACAUGUGCCGCUUAUUAAAUUUCUUGGUCCAAGGAACAAGCUACCCAAAGAACCAGUAGACAGUACUCCAAAGCCUCACCCUGCUGCACCAAAAGGCUCAAGUUUACCUUCGACUUCCCAGAGAGCAUCACAACCACAAGGAUCAAUAGUAAAUAAUAGAUCAGUUCAAUCAAACCGUGUUAUAGAAUAUUUAGAGUUACCAGAGAGGUAUAAAAGAAGAGUUCUAACGCCCGAUGAAAUCGAAGCCAUUGAA